UGUAAAAAUGUUGCUGCGCCAUAACUGGGUGAGGCUCGGGAGUGCGCCUUUUCCCCCCCCCCCCUCGAGGAGGUCGGUCGUAUUUCAACGAGAUUCAAAAAAGGAAGUUGAUUCAUCAACUGUAGCUGGGUGGUUUAAUCUGAAAUAGUGUAUGUUUGACAAAGAAAAUGAUGAAAGACGAAGGACGGUACGUGUGAGGAAGGAAACUUUAAUAAGAGCUGCAUGUUCAGGCUGUCGGGCUGACUUGCCCUGGCAACGGCUUUAAUCCUAGAGCUCUGGAUGGUUGCCAUGAGAGCUCGAGCGCGCUGCUGCUCCCCCACACUGCCAUAUAAGGUCAACAGGAAUCCUCUGCAAUACGCCGCGUUGUCUUUGUAUCUGGGUGAAGGGUGCUUCGGGCUUCUGCGCGUGCUCUCUCUGGUUCGAUACAAACAGCGGACCAUCAACCAACCGACACGAAAUGUUUAAAGCGCCGCAGACCAGAUAGAGGAAACAAAUAAGAUGCGAUUCAGAUUUUUUUCGGUGAAGGAGUUAAAAAUCUAGGUGGGAGGGUCUUUAUUUGCAUGCGUAAAGGGGGUCCCCAGGUGUAUCUCUGGGUUAACGGUGCUUGCCACGCACGCUUUUUCGAUGCCAGUGUGUCUACAGUACACCAGGGCACACACCGAUUGCAGUGUGUGUGACAAGAGGCCUGUUUUUCCUGUUCACAGUUCUUACCCUCGAACAACCACCAAGCGCGCAGUCAGGUCACGAGGCUGCUGACACCCUUUUUUUUAAUCUCAAGGUUGGCUGUUUAUCCUCCCAGCCUAUACUGCAGUGGCCGCAAAUUUAUGAAGUGAUGGAAAGAGAGAGAGAGAAAAAAACCCAACACAUUCCCCCAGUGGGUCGCGGCGCUCAGCUUUACCGCUGACAGACUGGAAUAUUCCACACAAGGGAUUGGCCUCUCUUCCACAGGACAGCUGUCUCUCUGCACGGCGAAAAACAUUUUAACAAUUGUUCUUUGUUCAUUGAUGAGAGGCUGACUGCGUGUGGAUAUUCUGUAGGAUACAUUUAAUAUUCUUUACAGGCUUUAUGUGAGGCUUCCAGUUUCACUGUGUAAGUCAAGCAAGCACUUUUUAUUAUAUAUUAUACAUUUUAUUUAAAGAAGACUUUAUUAUAAACCAAACGUGACUAAUUUUAAGAUUUGAAGCAUAUGAAAACAGUGGAUGGCUCAUUUCUCUGGAAUCAGAAGCAGACAAGCACACUGCCACAUGAUCUUUUGUACUUUCAGCUUUUCAUUCUUAUGGAUUGUUCACUGAAUCAAUGCAGGCAUCCUCGGAGCUUUGUGUCUUUUUAUGGACACAAUCGCUUUUUAAAGGAUCUUUUUUGGAUUGGUACCGUAUUUAUUUAAAACAACAUAUCGUUGUAGCUCUGAAAUAUCUGCAUGCAUUUAAAUGUAAUAUGUCUUGUGAUUUAGUCACUUUUACUUAGUAUUAUAAAUAUGUAUGUGUAUGGGGUGUAUUUAAAUAAAUAGACUAUGCAGUAACUCGUUUUCAAAUGUGUUUUAUUCUAUUUUGUGAGAACUGACACAAGUUACAUUUUUUAAAGAGGAUUUUCAGGCCCAGGUGUAAAGCAGUAUUUUAGCAUAUAAAAUCAAAAUGUGUAGUAAACAUCCCUUGUCAUUUGGAGUCAACAAUGAAAAUGUGUACAAUAAUGCUUUAAAGAUAAAAUACAAAAGCACAGUAAAGGGUGUUGUCUUUUCCCUUAAAGGAGACAGCUUUCUUUAAUGGCUGUGCUUUUAGCACAGUAACCCCAUUUAAAUUUGACUUAGAAGCCUGUUGGGCUUUCAAGAUAGCUAAAAUGUUCAGGAGCAAAUGUAUUUGAACAUAUUAACGUAUGCUUAUUCUCUAUUACCUCUUCUUACAUGACACUAUAAUUGAUCUGAUUGUGAUUAUCAUCCCUGCUAAAAAUAUACCCAAACCUCCCCCAUUUCAUUCUCUUUUUAUGUGCAGUGUUGAUUAAAGUAAAGAAACUGAAUUUAAAAGCCAGAUUUGCAUUUUGUCCUGCAUCUCAUGCAGAUACACCACAUCUGGCUCAGUGUUUCACUGUAACUGGCAACAUUCAACGCUGACCCGAAAGCUAAUCUAAUUUUAAAAACCGAUAAGAUAUAGUCAUCAUGUCUCCGAGCAGCCUGUCAUGGUGUCCUGUUUAGGUGUCAUCCUGCGCCUUCGAAUCCUAUCUCCAGCCUAUUUGUUUGUUGAGUUAAUUAGCUUGUUGCCAAAAAUAAGAUCAAGUCCUGAUUACACAGAAGGAUGAGAGAAAAGCUUGUCCUGGUGUUCAACUUUGAUUCAAAUGACUCAAAUGAUUCAACCAUUCAAACUGACCACAUUAGCAGUAAUAUACUGACAUAUAUAUAUAUAUAUAUAUAUAUAUAUCUAAUCUAAAUGCAUCUGGUGGAUGCUCAGUGCUCUUAAGGUGUACAUGUUGAUUCAAGUUGAAAACUGUCACAAAGCAGGAACUUUUGCACUUUAAUUAAUUAAAACAGUAUCCAUAAAUCUAAUCUCUCAACCUGAUAUGGUUGAAUUAGUGGCCAAGCCAAAACAUAAUCUCCUGUAUCUGUGCUUUCGCUUUUGUUUGUGUAGAAAAAUAGCUUAAAGGAAAGUGUAAGGUUAGAUCCACUCAGUAAGGACACAACCAUCUGCAGUUAUCAGAGCAACGCCAUGUCACACAUUCCUAACUUAAGUGAUAACAUUUAGUGUUUUUUAAAAAAAAAAAAAAAAAAAACUCCCACAUAUAUACACGCAAUCAGUAGAGGCAGUACCUCGGUGUGAGUACACACCCAGUGAGUGAAAUAAGCAGAUGCAUGCAAAAGAGGAAGUAUGAGCAGCUACUCAGCAGCCAUACAUGUGUUCCUCAGCUACAGCACUUCUGUGCACUCAGUGAGCAGACCGAUGAUGGGAUAGGAGAGAAGUGUAGGGGGUCAGUUAGAAACGUCAGCAUGACAGGAAGAGGAAGCGGUGAGCUACCUGGUGAAACAUGAGGCUUGUCUGUUCCUCUCUCUACACAGUGUGUGAAACUCAUCUCAGCUUUCCAGAUGUGGGUUCAGUAGGCUUAGUCAUGAAUUUAACUUAAAUCUGGAGGGAGCAUCUUCUGCCUUUUUCUGCUUGGCACCCCUUUGACUUGUCUGGAGGCAAAAUGACGCAAAAUGGUGCUGGGACUGCUAAUGGUACCACAAAAAAAGGAGAGGAACUGAAAAUUGUGAUUGUAGGAGAUGGAGGCUGUGGAAAAACAUCUCUUCUGAUGGUUUAUGCCAAAGGUGAUUUUCCAGAGAAAUAUGCACCAUCAGUGUUUGAAAAAUAUGUCACAACUAUCUCUCUAGGAGGAAAAGAGAUAAAGCUCAACUUGUAUGAUACAGCCGGGCAAGAUGACUAUGACAGACUGAGACCACUUUCAUACCAAGAGGCAAAUCUGGUUCUAGUGUGUUUUGAUGUCACCAACCCCACCAGCUUUGAAAAUGUCCUGAUAAAGUGGUACCCAGAGGUGAAGCACUUCUGUCAGGAAAUACCAGUCAUCUUGAUUGGCUGCAAGACUGACCUCAGGAAGGAUAAAGAGUGUGCAAGAAAGCUGAAGGCCAUGAAUCAGGCUCCCAUCACUUACAUGCAGGGUGAGGAAACCCGGCAGCAAAUGAAUGCAGAGCUCUACCUCGAGUGUUCAGCGAAGUAUCAGGAAAAUGUAGAAGACAUUUUCAAGGAGGCAACGAAAAAAGCUUUAGCAGUCAAUCGAAAACUGAGAAAGAAGAAGAGGAAGAAGAAAUGUGUUGUUUUGUGAAGACAAAAGGACAGAAACUCCAGGAUUUCUCCAUCCUUCAUGUGAAUUCCUGCAGUCCUUUAGACAAUCCUAUAGUUUCUCAAAUGCUGACAUCAAAGUGGGGACAUUAAGAAACUGUGCAUCAGUCUAUGGACAUUUGGACCUCGCUGAACCAUCAGCGGGCGUUUCUUUAAUGCUGCAAAAAAAAUGAGAUACGAUGCAAAAGAAAAACUGUUUUGCAAGUAGCAUCCCGAUGAACUUUCCAAUUAACAUUUGAAUGUCAUUUUUAGGGUUUUCAAUAUAUUUUUUCAAAGAAUUUUGCACUUUUUUUCUACAAAUAUGGCAAUUUGUUUGACUUUAUUGGAGGGUGAGAAGAGUUUGUUCCUAAUUUGUUGUUAUGGAUUUAAUUUGUCAGGCCUAGAAAAUCCACUUUAAACCUGCUGGUAGAAAAUAAAGUCUCAGGCAAUUGCUGAAAUUUAUUACACAAUGACACUGUAAUUUUUUUCCCUUCACAUAUAAGUAAGGUUUCGUACAUUUUCAGCACAAAAAAAAAAAAAAAAAAAAAAAAAAGAUACUGUUGGUUAUCAUAGGGCUCAGUGAGCCUGCAGAUCUUAGCUUUACCUAUAGCACCCACUAGAGGUGGAAAAUCAUAAAAGCAUCUGCUGCACAAUUUGUCAAGGCCAUAGUUGCAACUAAUUUUCAUUGAAAUAAAUACAAGUACUGUCUGUGUCAUUGCACAUGAACGUUUGCAUAUCUAUUGUUUUUAAUUGAGGCAUUUGUAUUUCUUUUUUUCUUUUACAAUGAUGUAUACAGAUUGAGAAAAUGG